AUGUCUGAUAUUAAUACCACACUCAUAAACUCUGUAAGAAAAAUUGAAAUUGAUAUUGCUGAAAUAAAGCAAAUAGUAUGCAUGCUUCAAGAUCAGUUUAGUAAACAAUUUGCUCCAGCUGUCAGUGUGAAAGAUCUUAGUAUAAUUCAACAAAGCAUCAUUGAGCAAAGUGAUAUCCUGGCAAAGCACCAGGAGUACUAUAUGAUGCAAUUGAAGAGACUGGCGAAAGAUAACGGCUUUGCUAUUUACAAAUGCAAGAGCAUGUGGUGUGUAAAAAGUCUUUUCUGGAGAAGCUUCAAAAGUGACAACCAGAAGCAAAAAAGAAGAAUGGUAGAGAAAAACAAUCAAGAUGCAAAUGAUUCUUCAUUGUAUUCUGAUAAUAUAUCAGAAAUGGAUGGUGGCAAGUCACCUAUUAUAGUGGAUGUGCUGUCUCCUCUGACAGAAAUGAGUGUUGAGCUAGCACAUAAGAGAAGCCAAAGAUUGUAUUAUAUUCUAUCAUAUGACAUAAAGAAACUGGUAAGAAUUAAAGAAGGUCGUCUAGUCUAUAUUGAAGUACUCGAAACACAUGAAAUGCUUUUGGGAUAA